UAGAAUGCUACGACAUCAAAUGUCAGAGAGAUGAAUUAACAAACUUAUUUUGAAUAAACGGCAGUCUCUUUUGAGUUGUGAUUGUGGCACGAGCUUGAGUGACUUCUACUCGCUCAGCAAACGUUUAACUAAAAUUUUGUAUAAUGGGGUCUACAGCGAAAUUGUAUUUCUGUUCAAAAUCAAUUUAUCGCCAUAUUAAAAUACUACUUUCAAAUUUGGGUGCAAUAGUUCAAAAACGAAAUCCAUUUUAUUUGAAAAUGGUUUUUGUAAUGUGUCUGAUAAUAGUACUAUUUGCGGGUUUACAAUUUGAUUUUAUAAAAGCCGAAAAAUUUCCAUUUAGAUUAAAUGUGAUAACUUCUUAUGUUGAUAAUAAAAACAGUGAACAAAUUUUAUUUAAAGCACAACAAGUUCAAAAUGAUAAUUUGUUCGAACCGUUGCGAAACGACUCUCUAGUGAUUGUGAUACAAGUUCAUACACGAAUCGAAUAUUUACGACAUUUAAUUGAAAGCUUAGCCAAAACGAGAAACAUCUCUGAUACACUGUUAAUAUUCUCACAUGAUUACAACGAUGACAAAAUCAAUGAAUUGGUGCGAUCGAUUGAAUUUUGUAGAGUCCUUCAGAUAUUCUAUCCGUAUUCGAUACAAAAACAUAAACAUGAAUUUCCUGGCGAAGAUCCAAACGAUUGCCAACGAAAUCUUAAUCGAAAUCAAGCAUUGGCGCGUAACUGUAACAACGCAAAUCAUCCGGAUAUGUAUGGUCAUUAUCGUGAAGCCAAGUUCACACAGACAAAACAUCAUUGGUGGUGGAAAGCCAACCAAGUUUUCGAUCACUUGGACGUCACGCGACAUCACACAGGUCUUGUUCUUUUUCUCGAAGAGGAUCACUAUGUGGCUGAGGAUUUUCUAUAUAUUUUGACGUUGAUGCAGAAGCAAAUGAAGAAUAAAGUCUUUGCAAAAUGCAAUAUUUUAUCAUUGGGAACAUAUCUAGAUUCCAUUGAUAUGUAUCACCAUCAACGCGCGAAUGAGGUAAAAUCAAUGCCAUGGAUAAGUGUCAAACACAAUAUGGGAUUUGCAUUCAAUCGCAGCACUUGGAACGAGAUUUUGAAGUGCAAAAAUCUAUUUUGCACUUACGAUGAUUAUAAUUGGGAUUGGACUUUGCAACACAUAUCUGAAGAGUGUCUUCCACAAAAAUUUUACGCACUGGUCGCAACAAGACCGCGUGUUUUUCACAUUGGCGAAUGUGGUUUACAUCACGAAACACAGAAUUGCAAAGCGGAUCAUAUUGUAGCACAAGUUCGUAGCGUUCUUGCCGAAAAUACAUAUGAAUUCUAUCCGAAAAAAUUGCGGUUAGCAGUUGGCGUUGGUACAGGACCUAAUUAUUUUGAACCAAACGGCGGAUGGGGUGAUGUAAGAGAUCACAAUCUGUGUUUAAGCUUCACAAGUCAGAAUAAAACAAUCGAUCUAAAACAGUUCAGCUGAUUAAAUAUAGUGCAUUGUAUGGAUAUGAAUUUAUUGGGCAAAAAUAUAACAACGAUCUCAAUUAUGCCAAAUGAAAUUUGCAUUCGAGUAUACAUACAAAUAAAACAGAUGAUGAUGAUAAACGGAACCAAAAAAACGAUACUUCAAAAUGAUAUUUAGCUGUGACAAGAUAUAUUUGAUGCAUUUAGAAACUGAAACGCAUAAAUGUAACUAACGGAACCGAGUGAAUUUAUUCUUAAUUUUAAAUGAAAAG